UUUUGAAUUUUUAAAAUAUUUUAGAAACAAAAAAUCAUGUUCUAAUGUUCAUAAUAUGACCAAACUUCAAUUUGAAAGAAAUAUUACUUUUUAGCCAAAUCUGGAGGCAUGCUGCUUUAAUGAUCAGUAUCUUACUUACUAAUGUAAGUUUUACUUAUUUAGAAACAUGAAGUUUUUCCAGCCAUAACAUGUUCUGCCGGUCAUAGGACCAACACUGAUUACUCUAAAAUGUUGAAAAAACGUUUUUAACAGAAUCAUGUAAUAAAGGCCAAUGACUUUUUAAGAGAUACUGCAUUCACCCACUGAUAUUCUGUCAGCUCUUUUAGUUUCUUUAUUUGAUCAAACACUUUACAGGCAGUUAUUGUUUAAUAUUUUUCAAUUAACAUUUAGCAUUUAUAUUUGACAAUUACCAUUUGUCAGUAAACAUUUGGCAAGUAUCAUUUUGCAUUCACUAUUUGGCAUUUAGCAUUUGGCAAUUAAUAUGGAGCAUUGGCCUUCCAUAGAAUAUUGCAUUUGGUGUAUAUCAUUUAGCAUUUAGUAUUUUACAUUUAGCAUUAAGUAAUUAGCAUUUAGCUCAAACUAUUUGGCAAUUAGCAUAUGGCAUUCCAGCCUUCCAUAGCAAACUGCUUUGGGGUACCACACCACUUUGACCUUAAUAAUUUACUUAAUUCUUAUUAUUCUUUAUUUCAGGUCAGGUGAAGUUGUCAGCGUACAUGAACUAUGGUCUCCUUACUGUUCACGUGAUCCAGGCUCGUCACCUCAGCUCGCCAUGGAAACAACAGCCGAACACGUUUGUCAUGAUCUCUCUGAUCCCUGAAGACACCGACGUGACCCCCACACGCUGUAGGACUGCUAUCGUCACCGACAGCACACGUCCGUCAUACAACGAGAAGUUCUCUUUUGAGGUGGGUGAUGAUGAUGUUCACAGACGCCUCUUGUUGACAGUCUACCACAGAGACUGUUCUGGGAACCAUGAGUCACUUGGCUGUACGUCGUUUGGUAUCCGUCACCUUCAGCAGGGGAACCGUGAGGUCAGUGGUUGGUACCACCUUCUCACAGACAGUGUUGGUCGCAAGAAGCAUCUCCGUGUCACCGUCAAGGACAGGCCUUCAGUUCCAGUGAUGCAGAGCCGAGAACCACGCCAGAUACCAGCCGUCAACCGAGAUGUACCAGAUCUUGACCGUCUUGAGCUUACUAUCUACCGGUCCCAGUAUGGUGGUUUUGGUUUCACAGUUGUUGACUCCUGUCCAGUGAAGAUUGGUCGAGUUGAUGGGUCAUCUAACGCUCAGGAAGCUGGUCUUCAGAAGGGUGAUCUUGUUAUCCGUGUCAAUGGUCAGAAUGUGUCCAGAUCAACGUCGGUCAGUGUGGCGAGAUGCAUUAAGAAAUCAGGUGGUAUGGUUCAACUUGAGGUUCAGCGCCCGGGUCACUACGCCACUCCCACACCUCUCCAAACCUCAGUGAAGACGAGAAGUGACGAGUCUGGUAACACCUCCGUACAGGAAUUCACGAUUUGUGAUGACAGAACAGCACUUCUGAACUCUGCCAUUAGUGUAGACACACGCAGGCAGGCCGCUCUUCACCGUUUGUUGUGCCUUGAAGAGAACUUUGUUGACCUUAUGAACACUGGAAUCCAGAAGUUUUCUCGCCCACUUCGUCACUGCGUCCUCACCAGUACCCAGCAUGCAACACUCUUCCAGAACAUCGAAAAGAUUGUGUGUAUGAGCCAGUACCAGGUACGCCAGAUUCUCGAGAACCUCCCAUCCUACACUCCCUCUGACGACGACGAUACAGACACCUCCUAUGUUGGUGAGAGUGACCUUACGUCUGCUGUUGCCAUGAUCUACCUCUCUAAGCUGCCAGUGAUCUGUGGUGCCUACAUGACGUACACCCAGGGUCUGUCUCGUACCGCUUCCCUGCUUGGUUCCCUGGAGAAGAAUGACCAGUUCUGUGGUUUCCUGCUCAACGUGUCGAGAGAAGGGAAGGAACUCAAUCUGUGUGACUUCAUCAACCGUCCACUGGCUCACAUGCAGGAUCUGUGUGGUCUACUCCAGAUUGUCUGCGACACUACCAUGCCUCACUCCGAGGAACGGGCCAUGUUCUCCGAUAUUCUCUUAGGUCUUCACUCAGUUGUUGAUCAGAUUUCACGAACGGCCACUGUUACAAGUACUUUUCCAGUCAGAGCUUUAGAAGUCUGUCAGCCCUCCUUCCCCUCUCAGCGUCGUGUACCACUGAUGGGAUCCUUGGUCCUGCAACGUUCAUCUUCUGAGAGGUCGUCAUCCAGUGGGUUUGGAAGUGGAUCUUCCCAGCAGUCUGACAUUCCUUCAUGUACGUCCGAGACAGAGAGCGUGUUCUGUGAUCAUACUAUGUUACUUAGUACACUUGUGUGAAAUAGUGUUGGAAUAUCAGUGCUUUGAUGAAAUGAACACACUUGUGUAAAUAUCAGUGCUGUAAUGAAAUGAACACACUUGUGUAAAUAAGUGUUUGAAUGUCAAAUGUCACUGCUAGAUGAAUUGUACUAGAGAUUUGGACUGUGUUAUUACUAAAGUGUUUUGUUAAUGUUUUUGUUAUUAUUGUUAGAUUAUAUUAAAUGUUAAUUGUUAGAAUUGACUGUACAUAUUAAUUGCAUAACAAGU